GGAAACAUCCGGGUCGCUUUACUGUUGGUGUUAUUUAUGGUGGAUGUUGUCAUCGAUAGAGAAACAAAUCAACAAACAAGCUCUUAGAUUCUUGAUCUCUAGAUAUAAUAACUCAGAUAUUCUUACCUGACUGUCCAUGAGGUCAGACGCCAUUACCCAGAAAGCAAUUAUCCGUGUAAAAGUAAAAAUUGCAAUGGAAAAAAGUGGAGUGGAAAGGCUUUUGUCUAGUUAUAAUAAGAUGGUGAAAGCUAAAAAAGAUGAACCGGAAGAAGGAAAAACCGAAGGAGAGUCACAUGCCAAAGAUGAAGCCCCCAUGAAGCAAAUGGCAUCAGCUAAUGAUUCCAAGUGGCAGAAAGAUGCAGCGGAUCAAAAUUUUGAUUACAUGUUUAAGUUGUUGAUCAUUGGUAACAGUAGUGUUGGCAAGACAUCCUUCUUGUUUCGUUAUGCAGACGACUCUUUCACCUCCGCAUUCGUCAGUACAGUUGGUAUUGAUUUUAAAGUGAAGACAGUUUUCAGGCAAGACAAGAGAGUUAAACUGCAGAUAUGGGACACAGCUGGACAAGAGAGAUAUCGAACUAUUACCACUGCUUACUACAGAGGUGCCAUGGGCUUUUUAUUGAUGUAUGACAUCACUAAUGAAGAAUCAUUUAAUGCAGUACAAGACUGGAUCUAUCAAAUCAAACUUCACACGUGCAGUCAUGUGCCAGUUAUUUUAGUGGGAUCUAAGUGUGAUUCACCAGAUAGAGAAGUUUCUUAUGGUGAUGGUCAAUCUCUAGCUUAUAGACUGGGCCUUGAGUUCUUUGAGACUUCAGCCAAAGAAAAUAUUAAUGUGAAAGCUGUGUUUGAACGUCUAGUAGAUAUUAUCUGUGACAAGAUGUCUGAGAGCCUAGAUGCUGAUCCAACAAUGGUGAAUAAUACAAGUAAAUCCACUCGACUAACAGAGAACCCAAACAUGAACAGCAGUAACUGUUCCUGCUGAUCCAGUCACUGAAACGUCAGAUGUGAAAUUGAUUUUAUUUGUCAACAUCUAGCAGUUACCAUUAUCAGGACUUUGGGCUGUGAGUUGAAUAAAACGAACGAGUCCACUAAAAAAAAUUAUUCUUUAUACAAGGCAUUUUUUUAAACAUUUAUUUUUUAAACUCUCAAGUUUUUCAAACUAUCUCCGAAAAGAAUAUAUAAAUACAUUUUUCAGACCAUAUUUAUUUAUUAUUUGAAAGUUUUUAAGUCCUGGUCUAGCUCUUUAGCAAUUUGGUGAUAUUCAGCUUUGUUAAUUCAAUUAUUCACCUAUUUCAACUUUUUAUGUUCAAAUAAUUCAUAAGAAUUUCAAUGUAAAUGUGCAUUCAGUCACCCAAAUUUAGCCAUUUGUAAUGUUUAAUUGAAACAAUGACUGCAACUAAUCAUUUUCCAUUCAUAUAGAUGAUUAGACAAUUAAUUGAGUAGCGAAAUGGAAUUGGAGGCAAAAUAUUUCCUUAUACAUAAUUAUUCACUUAUACUUAAACCAGUUCAACUAUUUAAAUUAAGGCAUCUACCAAACUAUUUAUAAAUAAUAACUUGGGGCAAAAGAAUAGCGAAAGGAGGAAAAAAAAUUUACAUCUCUACAAAUAUAUACAAUGUAACUAGCUAUGCGUCGAAAUUAAUGACUUCUUUUAUUAUUAUUAUUUUUUUACACAACGUACGUUAAAUAAUUGGUUUCUUUAAAUACAUGAAAGAUCUAGUCAAAAAGUGUGUCUAGAAUGCAAGCACAGUGUUACAAAUGUGUAAAAGUCACUUUAACUUUGCCAAUGUUGAAGUAGGCCUACAUUUAGCAAUAUUCAACACUGAACAUUUAUUCCAGUGAUUAAAUAGUGAAGCUCAAGGUAAUGGGGUUAAUUUGUAUAAUUUAAAUUUAGAUAAAGUCACAGAUUUUUUUAUGCUCCUAAUUUAAUCCUAUUUCAUAAUUAGGAUUAUUUUUAUUCAUGUCUGCUGACAGUUCUUUUGAAGUAAUCAUGAUGACUUUAUGUAACUAUAUCUCUUAUGUUGACUUCACUUUCAAAUAUUUUACAUCAUCAAUAUUUCAUGAGUUGUUGGCUGUCAAAACUGAUAUGCUCUGUAUGGAGACGGAUAGUAGAAGUACAUUCUUAUAGCUUUGACUAAUUAGGCAAAGGAAAGUAAGUGGACUUGUUGUUCAUUCGCUUUUUAUCAUUCUCCAUGACAUUACUAGCAAUUACUAGAAACAAGUAAUAUCUUUCAAUGUAAUAGAAUCACAUUUGAAAGUUAAAUCUAUGACAAAUCUAAUUUUCUUAGAUGUGAACAUGUUACUUUUCUAUAUUUCCAUGCCUCAUGAACCUAAGGGACCAUAGCCUUAGCUUAUGUAGUCAUACCAACACGUAUUAUUUUGUGUUUGAACGCAGACUUCCUAGAAAUGGAGACUAUAAUUUGUCAGAACUUUUCUGAGAAACUGUCCGUUGGAGAAAUGACCACACAAAAAAAAAAAUCCAAUGGAAAUUCACUUUUUUUUUUUCAUCUUUUUUUUUUGUUAUGUAUCGAAAUGAUCUGUUGAAAUGUUUGUAAGAAAGACUAUCUAAAUCAAUGAUUGUAACUAGGGAUGAUGCAAUAUAAAAGAAUUCACUGACUCACAUGUGUGUGGUGUUUGAAUUCAGUUUGAGUCUUUUUGAUUUAUUUUACAUUUAAUUGUUGGCUACAUUUGAUGUUGCUGCAGUUUUAGUCCAAUAUUUUUUUUUUUUUACUAUAGAGUCACAUUGUGUUCUGUUAUUGACUUUUAAAAAAAAAAAUUUGUAUCAGAUUUAUCCUAAAAUAAUAAAUAAAUAAUUUUGUUUGUAUAUUAGUAUGAUGAUUAGUGGGUUAUUUCAGCAGGUUUUAGGUCUUAUAGUGGCAAUUAAAUGUUUAAAAGAAAAAAUAAUGUAAGGAUGCUCUCUAUUUUUAUUUUUUUAAACAUUCCUUUCACAUAUUGGAUGUUUGUCCACUUUUAAGUGACAUUCCGGUUGGAGGGCUCAGACAUAUAUAUAUAUAUAUUGAUUUACAUACUUUUUUUUAAACAUUGAUAUCUAGUUUUUUUUUUUUUUUUGGUUUCUUUGUUUGUUUGUUUGUUUUUUUUUUGUUUUCAGUUUGUGAUUUAGCAUCUUAAUUUAAUAUAAAUACAAAUCAGAUUUUUUACUUUUAACUUGUAAAUAGUCUAAAUCACUUGAAGUUGUAAUGCCAGUCUCAGUGGUAGCUAGCCACCUUUUGUUUAUACUUUGGUUGUACCAAACCGUUUCUUUACAUUCUACAGGUUGGCUAACAAGAUCGUCUCUUUACAUUUAUAGCUAUACAAAAAAAAAUAAAUGUGUUCAUUUAAUAUUUUUAUGUUGUUGUUUUUUAUUUUAUGCUUGAUCGAUAUUUGUUCACUACAAAUGUUCAGGUUUUGGCUAGCUAAAAUGUUACAUUUUCUAUUUUAUGUUGGUUUUUUUUUUUUUAAAGAAUGUCCAGUUUAAAUACCGUAGCCUAACAUUCUCUACAAGUUGAUAGACAUUUUUGGGGGAAAUAAUAAAGUUCUUUUCAUUAACAGUUUCAAAGUGAGAACCUUUAGUCUUUGCAUGUUUGAGGACAAAAUUGAAAGGUGUUCAAGGCUAACCUUGCUUCUAUAUGAACAGUAUUUAGUUAUUGUUCCUUUUUAUUAUAGACACGUUUCUGAAAUUGCAAAGUAUACUCCUGUAUUACAGUACUUAUAUUAGGAUACCUUUUGCAUUUACUUGUAUUAUAGUUGUCCUGUUUUAUUUCUAUGUUUGAAAAUAAUUUCGUUUGAAACAUUUAGGCCUGAUUAACUCUUUAAGAAAAAAGUAAAGUGUUUGUUGUUUUUUUUUAAUGUUCUACAAAUAUCUCUUAUAGGAUGGAGGCCUAUCUUUUGAUAAUUUGGUAUAUAGUUGUGAUGGUCACACAUCACCCUCCUACCUUUGUAACUUUUUGCUGGUGGAACCAGUGUCUGCUGUCACUAUAUUUCCUGUCUUGGAGUAGCAAUUAUAAUAUAAGCAUCUCUAGGCCUUUUAAAAGUUAACUAAAAUGCUUUUUUUUUUCUUUCUAACUAUUCUUCUCACAGUCUGCCUGUCCUUUGUAGGCCUACAACAUAAUCUCUCAGUUUUUUUGUCCAUAGCAAAAAAUCAUUCUCUUUACAAGAUCCUAAUCUCAAGUGUUAGAAAUAUAUUGUAUGAAAUAUAUUGUAGUCUAGCCUAUCUUCCACAUUUAGCAUUUAAAAUUUAAUUUAAACAAAAAUUUAAUUUUUUUAUUCAAAGCCUUUGAUGGCUCACCUGUUAAUUUUGAUUUGUGAUAGUUUUUUUUUUUGUUUUUGUUUUUUAUUUGUGUACAUAGCAUCCACAGUUUUUUUUUUAUAUUUCAUGACAAUUUUAGAACCUUAUGUGCAUAAGUUUAUGACUUGUAAACAAAAAAAGAUCUGGUAUAUUUAGGGACUUACAUAUUUGUUGAAUAUUGGCAUGCAGAUGCUUGUAGGCUUCAGUUUUGUUCUUGAAAUAGUGUUUAAUCAUUUAAAUCCUACAGUCACAAAAACAACAAACUACCUAAUACCUACUUCAGAAAAAGAAUAGCCAAUUACAGUCCAUCUAAUUAUGUAUCCAAGCUAUUUAGUAUUUUAUUUUAUUCAUACAGGCUGUGAACUUUAUACUAAAAGAAAUAUUUCCUUUAUCUUACUCGACAGUAUUUUAAUUUCAACAACUCUAAUAUCUAUUGUAUACAAAUUUAAGUUGAACAUUGAAGAUGUGGUGUUUUUUCUUUUUUUUUUUUUAGUCACUACUCAUCCAUGACCAUUGAUACACCCAGCAUAGCUAAGGUCACUUAGAUGUACAUGCUAUUUUACUGUCAGUCAUUUUCUUGUGAGAUAAAGUUGAGUAGUUUUGAAAUAGAAACCUCCUAAAAUAGGUAUUUCAAAUUUACCUGUGCUGUCAAAUAUUUAUUUUUAAAAUAGGCUUGAAUUUAAAACAAAAUAUAUGAACCUCAAUUUAGUAAUAUAACUUGUUUUUAUCUUCAAGUUGUACCGGGCCAGUUUACAACAGUUCCAUCGUCAGAAUACUUUUGACUGAACACAGUUGUUGAAAAUCAGUCUUUUUAACUGAAAAUAAUACAGUUUAAGGAAUGGUGGGCUCCACUGAAAUAAUCUGACUCAAUUGUCACAGUAGAUUAUCUCUGACCUAUCUAUGAUAAUUUGACAGUGUAACCUAAAAUAUGUUUUUUUCAUUUUGAUGAAUUCUUUUCAAUAAGUCUCUUACCUCAAUUUAAAUUAAAAUUUAAAGCACUGGGAGUUAAGAUGCUUAUUUUAGGAAACAGUUGCUCAGAGAAUAACUUUUUCCUUUUAAUAUUGUAAGACAAUUUAGAUUUGAUUAGAUUGUUUUUAUGUUUAUGAAUGUGUGUCUGUUUUUGUGUUUAUGAAUGUGUCACAAGUUGUCAUCUUAAAAAGCUAGUCAUCUCAAAAGCCAUUAUGGUGGCAUUUUUUUUGUUCCUAAUCAUUCUUUACUAGUAUGGCUGAGGGGUAAACUAAUGCUUGUCCCUGUCAGAGAAUAGAAGAGUUUGACUAGGGACGAUAUGUAUUUAUAGCGUUAGGGAAGCUUUAGAGUGAAACGUAAAGUCCACACACAAUUUAAGCUUUUUAAAAAAAAGAAUUUAAAAAACUGUAACUCUCCAUUCAUUAAUUGAUUUGUUCAUUCAUUUAGGACUAUUUUGUCUGUGAACUUAGCAAUUCUACAUUUUAAUCGACUUGGCUAAAAAAAAAAAACAUUGCUGUCUAAAAUCAACUGACAGGCCAUACCUAUUUUUGUUGUACAAAUAAAUCCAUGUUCUAAAUUACUGUGAGUUCCACCAGAGAUUUGAGUGUUAUAGUUUUAGUAGCAUAAAGUUCAAGAUUUAUGUGUAUUGCUUUAGUCUUUUUUUUGUUUCUUUUGGUAGAUUCAAGUUGUCAAAAGGUUGGAUUCAUUAAAAAAGCUUUUUUUCUAAAUCAUAAAAUGUUUUUUUCUUUCAGUAAAGUUUGUCUAGACAUUUCUUUCAGUUCAUCAGUAGACCUCCAUUUUUUGUUCUUUCAUUUACUUUUCAUUUACUCCUGAAUUAUUCAUUUAGCGAAUUGUAUAUUAAUAGAUGUUCAAUGUUAUCCAUCAAUAGUUUUUUAGUAUCUCGGAGGGCCGAUUACUUACAUCAAUAUAGGUCCAGAUAUAUACACCAGUAGAGGUCUAGUAUAUCAGGUAGGGAUUCAAAUUCAUACAUGUAUACGAGUUUAAUUUUAAGUCUUCUUGUUUCUGACUUUCCAUUUGUUUGGACCAAUAAAAUUAUCUUCUUUGCCUACAUUGCACAUCAACCUAACCUGUUUGUAAAUACUUGUGCUCCACUUGUAGGGUUUCCUAGUUUGUCUCUUGAUGAAGUCAAAAUGGUGUCCUUGUAGUACUCUGUUUUUGUUUGUUCUUCACUAAUGUGUUUAGUUGGUUGUGGCCCUUAGUACUGUGUGAUAUAAAUACAUGGCCAUCUAGAAUGUAGUCUUUUUCAUUGCUGUGUUAGUUAGUUCAUGGUCUGCCUACACUUUGAUCGUAAUUAGGUGAAAAUAAAGAUUUGACAAAACAAA